UGUAACGAACUGUUUAUUAUUAGAGGGGAACUGAGUAGAGAAGAAAGAUAUCGAGAACUGGAAUAAACGGAAUUGAUUUUAAUUUGUUAGUUAAACUAUAUUUAACCGGGUUAAUUAUUCGCUAUUAUACGGAGAGUAUCACAGUGGCGACGAGGAAGACGAACAGCUGCCGGGAUAGAAGUGGAAUCGUACCAUCGUGAAAGAACACCCGAAAAAAGGGGAAAAAAACCGCAGAGGCGUACAGCAAAAUAACGCAGAGGCGAAACACAAAACACCGCAGAGGCGGACGCAGAUUCUUGCACCGGGUAAAAGGCCGCAGAGGCGGACACGUCACUGACUACAGGACGUGGAAUAGUUGAUAGGCUGCUGAUAAGUAGCGACUGCUAUAACGCAGUGAAUCUCAAGUCGACGAUUUCGAAAACAACGGCCAGAGGGCAAUCUCAAUUAAGACGAUGGAGAAGUGGGAUAUUCCCCAAUUUAAGUUCAAAUCAUUCCAUCCCAAUAACAUCCGAAACGAGUGGAUCAAAUACAAACGGAAUGUGGAUUAUAUAAUCGCGGCAACCGGGGAGAAAGAUCGCACGAAAAUUAAAAACAUCUUCCUGGCAAAAGCUGGACCGGAUCUGCAGGAAGUGUUCGCUUCGAUUCCGGGUGCAGAUGUACAAGAAGACGCUGAGAAGAAAGUUGAUCCAUUCGCUGUAGCAAUAGGCAAGUUGGAUGAUUAUUUCUCGCCGAAGCAACAUGAGACCUUUGAGCGAAAUAUCUUUUGGACGCUUAGGCCGGCCUCAGAGGAAACAUUAGGCAAGUUCAUGCUACGAUGCCAAGAUCAAGCUGCAAAGUGCAAUUUUGGUAAUAACGCAGAAGAAAGUCGUGCCAUUAGUGUGGUCGACAAGAUAAUACUCUAUGCUCCGAGUGAUCUCAAAGAGCAGCUGCUCCAGAAGGAUACUUUGAAACUGGACGACGUUACCAAAAUUGUCAGCUCAUACGAGUCGGUGAAGCAGCAAGCACAGUCGAUUAGUCUUCCGGGACCCAGUUCUUCCGGCGAGACGAAUUUCACAUCGCCAUCGAAUGUCAACAAAAUCAAACAACUUCCGAGCAAAGAAUGCACACGAUGUGGUCGAAGUGGUCAUUCUGCGAUUGACCCUGGCUGCCCAGCGAGAUUCAGGGAAUGCAUUAAAUGCAAACGUAUCGGACAUUUUGCUGCACAAUGCCGAUCAGUCCAGACACUGAAGCGCAAGCAGUUCCCGAAGACUGAAUCGCGAUGGCCAAAUAAGCGGUUUAAGUCACAUUCGGUGAAUGAGAUCGAAAUUUCUGAGGAGAAAGAAGACAAAAACUUUCUGUUCAGGAUUAGCGAUGGAGGCGAGUUGAUCCGGAUCAAGCUGGGUGGAGUAGUGCUGCAGGUACUCGUGGACUCCGGAUGUAAGAAAAAUAUAGUCGACGAGCGAUCGUGGAACUACAUCAAGGUGCACGGAGCAAAGGUAUGGAAUCAAAAGAAAAACUGCGAUGAGAUAUUUCUGCCGUAUGGAGAAGAUGCGAAGCCGUUGACACUCCUGGGAAAGUUUGACACAACCGUAUCGAUAGAUGAUGCCGGAAGGAUUCACGAGAGGGUGGCUACAUUUUAUGUAGUACAAGGCGGUCAGCAGUGUUUGCUGGGACGGAUCACAGCAACAGAGAUGGGUGUUUUAUUCAUCGGGUUACCGAGCACUCUCGGGGUUAACACUGUCAACACCAACGGUAUUCAGCCGUUUCCAAAGAUCAAGGGUGUGCAGGUAAAGAUACCGAUCGAUAAAUCCGUUUCGCCAGUCUGUCAGCAACCGAGACGGCCACCCAUUGCGCUGAUGAUAAAAAUUGAAGAAAAAUUGAAUUUUCUUCUUGCCAGUGACAUCAUAGAACCUGUCGAAGGUGGUUGUCCGUGGGUUUCCCCGCUGGUAACAGUGGUGAAGGACAACGGAGAUCUUCGCUUAUGUAUUGAUAUGCGCAGAGCUAACGCAGCGAUUGUACGAGAGCGGCACAUCAUGCCAACAAUAGAGGACUUCCUACCAAAGUUUAUAGCUGCAAAGUGGUUUAGCCGGCUUGAUGUUAAAGAAGCUUUUCAUCAAGUCGAGCUUGAUACCGAAAGUCGUUACAUCACCACUUUUAUAACGCACAUGGGUCUCUAUCGGUACAAGCGUCUGAUGUAUGGUAUAGCUUGUGCGCCAGAGCUGUUCCAACGAAUCCUUGAACAAAUCCUGAGUCCUCACAGCAAGUAUGUAGUCAAUUUCAUAGACGACGUUCUUAUUUUCGCUAGUACAGAAGAAGAACAUGAUGAAGUCCUCAAAGCGGUCCUUUCGACGUUGAAUGAUUAUGGCAUACUAUUGAAUCAAAGCAAGUGUGUGUUCAAGGUUUCGGAGUUGGAUUUUUUAGGACAUGUAAUAUCCCCCGACGGCAUCUGUCCAUCGAAUAGUAAGGUCGAGUCGCUUAAAAAGUUUCGGGCACCCGAAACCUCGGAAGAAGUUCGGAGUUUUCUGGGCUUGGUGACGUACAUCGGUCGGUUUCUACCGGAUCUAGCAACGGUAACUGCUCCGCUGCGUGAAUUAACUCAUGCUGGGGUUAAGUUUUCCUGGGGCGAGAAACAACAAGCGUCAUUUGCCAAGCUAAAGGAAAUGAUGGGAACGUUCAACACCUGCGAUUCUUCAAUAACUCGUUGAGGACGAGGGUUGUAGCUGACGCGUCACCGGUAGCACUCGGAGCGGUGCUCAUACAGUUUGAAGGACCCACCGACGAUGAUCCCCGGCCAAUCGCUUACGCCAGCAAAAGCCUGACAACGACUGAGAAACGCUACUGCCAGACGGAAAAGGAAGCUCUCGCACUGGUCUGGACAGUGGAGCGUUUUUCUGUCUACCUUCUGGGGCGCACGUUUGAGUUAGAAACGGACCACAAACCCUUAGAGGCGAUUUUCAAACCCACCUCUAGGCCAUGUUCGCGAAUUGAGCGGUGGGUGCUCAGACUCCAGUCAUUCUCCUUUGUGGUC